GCACUCCUCCUCAGGCGCUCAACACAUCCUGCUGUCAAGGAUGUAGCCUGCGCGUGUAUUUGAAAGUUGUCAAUAUGACCGCCAGCCUUUUUCUCCCUCAACAUGCCUGCAGCGAUGCACCUCACUGUGCUGGUGUCCCUGCUUGCAGUGACUGUCUGUACAGGCACCACCACUACCACUGCAGGUACAACCACUUCCUCUCCAGCUGAACAGAUCACAAAGAUAACCACAACUGCUGCAAACCCAGUCAUUUUGAAUUUACAGAGAAAGAGGAGUUCCCUUUAUCCACUGCUAUGCCACCAAGAGCACACAGCAAUCUACAAUGUCAACAGACCAGACGACAACUGCAGUCACUUCAGGAAAAGUGUCAACAUCACCUCCACCUUCAAUUUCCACUCAAACACCCAGCAGGACAGAGGGACCACAAACAAGCUCUCCUCCUAAGAAUGCAACGACCAACCAGACGUCCAAAAAGACAGUUCCCCCUGGAUCCACAGCAACACCAGCAUCAACAGCCCCGGACAUUACGACAGCCACCACAGUAAACACCACAGUCCUAGGUCCUCUAGACGAAUGGACUAAAGAGGACUUGGCAGCAAAUCCUGGUCUUGUUGCUGUCCUCUGCAUCUUCUGUAUCGUCUUCGUCCUGGGGCUGGUGGUUGCUACAAUGAAAUGUAUUGAAUUACCACGGUCCAAAUUUGAGAGGCUUGAAAAUGUUCCUCUGGGCAAAGUGACCGAAGAGUCUCCAUUUGCCCAUUACUCUAAAUGACAGAAGAGGUUUCUGGUAUUUCAGACGCCACAGUCCAGGAGGAGUCCUAUCUUGUGAUUUUGUCAGAGUGAAAUAUUUCAGUCUCAGCUUUGACAUGCUUAUGUGGCUGCUUUGAAUUCUGCUGAUUUUGCCUCUGAUGCUCAAUCAACUGUUGCACUAACUCUUCCUCUGUGGUUUCUGUUGAAAGGACACGCAGCCUAAAACACACAAAUGUACAUUUUUUCCCACAUACUAUUCCUCCUUCUAAGCACACACUUCAUUACUGCACUCUUGCACUUAACAAGUGACGUAUUAAGAAAACAACACAUUAUAAUUUCAUGAUUUGGGUACAUUUGCAGACCUGGGAUCAACUUAAAGUGUAAAUUGGUUAAAAUGAAUGUUAUCUGCAUCUAUAAAUGUCUCUUUUGGGCUGUUGUUGUAUAAAUAGUAACAUAGCUGUAAUGAGAAUGAACAGGUUUUUGUGAUUUUUUUUCAUUGUGUUUUUUAUUGCCAUAUAAGAUAUUUACGUAAGGUCCUCUCUGGUCGGAGACCCGCAGCGCAGAUUGAAAUAAACCCAACUAACAGCUUUUGGCUGCAGAAGUAUAAUCAUAGCUGUAUACGUUGUAGGUUACCAGAAGUGACAACAAGUGAAACUAAUUAAUUAGAGCGCCGUUUCACAAAGCAGAUAAGAUUCUUUCAAGGGUUAUGUGUGAAAACAUUACAUUGGAAGAGAAAUUCAAAGUGAUUUCUAUUCUGUUUUUUUGUGGGCAGGUUUGUGUUUGUAAUCAAGAAUUAAAUAUACAGACUUCUGUCAACGUUUUUGGACAAAGUCAUUUCGCUCCAGUGCAUCGUGUUUUAACUCAGGGAUGGAGAUAAUCAUGUUUUUUUUUUUUGUGGGUAACUAUUAUUUAAAGCAGCCCAUUCUUUUUACAUUUGAGAUGUAUGUUUUCAAUAAAAUAAAUUAAAUAUUCACAUGAAA